AUGGAUUGGUGGGAUGCCGUUAUCACACACCCCAUUGUGGCCCUUGGCGUUGUUGGAGUGACCUAUGGGGUGUGGUUGGCAACAUAUCGGCUAUGGUUCUCACCACUGGCUCAUUUCCCAGGACCAAAACUGGCCGCUCUGACAAUGUGGUACGAGUUCUAUUACGAUUCAUUCCUCGAAGGUCAGUACACUUUUCGAAUUGCUGAGAUGCAUCGCAAAUACGGCCCGAUUGUGAGAAUCAGCCCCUUUGAACUACACAUCGAUGACCCAGAGUACUAUGAAAUCUUAUACUCUCGAGAAAAGCCGAGGAACAAAUCGUUACAUUUGACUGGCAUGUUUGGGGCACCGGCCUCCGCUUUCGGCUCAGUCGAUCACCGUCGCCAUCGGAUACGUCGACAACCUAUGAACCCGUUCUUUUCUCAGCAGCGAAUUCGGCAGUUGGAACCUAUGCUCCGGGGAAUGAUUGAUAAACUGCGCAAAGGAAUGCGAGUGUGGAAGGAGAGAGAUACACCGCUGAAUAUUUAUCAUGCGUUUAAUGCCUACACAACAGACGUGGUUGUGGAGUAUUCUAUGGGUGAAUCGUUCCAUUAUUUGGAUGACCCUGAUUUCACACCGCAGUGGUCAAAGACCAUUGAGGCAAUUGUGCAAGUCGGAGUUCAAUUCAAACAGUUUCGCUGGGUCUUCAGUUUGUUUGAACUGCUUCCACGAUGGCUAGUUAUGGCUAUCAACCCUCACAUCGGCCCGGUAAUUGAUCAGAAAAUGGAAAGUUUGCGACUAGCGAAAGCGAUUAUUGAUAGCCAAAGCGCCGAUGGGAACUCAGCAGAUGAUAAGGUUAGUGUACCUCAAGGCACAUUGUUUCACGCGCUGCUAGACAGUAAGCUUCCCCCAGAGGAGAAGGCCCCUGGCCGGUUGAGUCAAGAGGUUUUCACCGUAAUCUCGGCCGGAGGAGAAACGACUGCGAAAAACUUAACGACACUUACCUUCCAUUUACUUAACAACCCAGACAAACUACAAAGGCUACGGGACGAGCUCAACCGACUCGACCCCGAUGGAACAGCAACUUUGGUAGAAUACGAAACAAUGCCGUACCUUCAGACGUCUGUUAUGCUGGAGGGCCUGAGAAUCACCAACGCUGUGGCAACGAGGCUUCAGCGUAGCUCUCCAGAUCAGGUUAUGACUUACAAUGACUGGACCAUUCCUCCCGGGACACCUGUGGGGAUGACCAGCAUAUUUAUGCACCACAAUGAAGAUAUUUUCCCAAACUCGCAAAGCUUCAUCCCCGAGCGAUGGAUGGACCUAGAGCAGAGGAAACACCUUGAAAAGUAUCUGGUUGCUUUCAGCAAGGGGUCAAGACAGUGUAUUGGAAUUCCCCUGGCGCGAGCGGAGAUUCUUUUAGCAAUCGCCACCAUUUUCCGGGAAUUUGAGAUGGAGCUCUACGAGACUACAGUAGAUGACGUUCGAAUUGUACGAGACAUGUUCAAUGGCCACCCGCGGAAAGGAAGUCAGGGAGUCCGCGUUAUGAUAACGGACUGGAACGGACGCCUAAGGCAGAGUGAAGACUCCCCAUAA